AUGUCCGUCUCUCUAUCUUUAGAGCUGUCCUCUCCGUCCUCCUCCAUGCAGUCAUCCUCCAUCUAUUCCGACUACAGUCAAGACGGAGAGCCGCAGAGCCAGAGCCAAGUCUACACCAAAUCCGCGCCAAAGUUUGCGUCCAAAAAGUCCCCGUUCCUCAAGUAUCCAGCCGGCAUCCAGCGUCUCACCCGCCGCGGUCUUUGUACCUAUGGCAUCAACACGGGACCAGUACCUGAUGACACAGACUGGACCAAGCUCACUGUUGCUAUGCUCAGGGAGCAGCUUGUCAUGCGUGAGAUGCCGGACCACGGCAAGAAGGCUGUCCUCGUCGAGAGACUCGAGAACUUGGAGACGUAUAAGCCUGAGGCUGUUGCUAUCAGAGACGCUCCUGACGACAAGCCAUUUGGCCCUAUCUCCAGGAAUGCCAGCAGCAACGGCGAGAAGCGUUUCUUUGUUGACAUGGGUGAUCAGAGCCACAUUAGUGCUGUCAAGAAGGCGAUGAAGGAAGACAUGUUUGUGAUCAAGCAGUCCGACGAUUUUGAUGGUGGGGUCAGCAUUAGCGUUCAUGGAGGCGGACCCGAUACAUACGGGGUGACUAUCGGAAGUAGAACCUCAUGCACCUGCUCGAGCAUGAUGUUUCGACCCCGGAGCAACUGCAAGCACAUCAUCUAUGUCAUGACGCAUGUCUUUCGGGCCCCAGCUGAGCUCCUCCCGCAGAGAACCCUCUUUACCGAGGAGGUCAUGAAGCUCUUUGACCGCGCACCCAAAAUCCGCUUCACCGCAGUGGAGGCUAGCAUGGACCCCUCCAUGUCGGAUGGUGUUCCGAAGUCCAAGGACGGCAAGUCCUGCCCUGUCUGUUUCAAGCACAUUGGCAAGGCAGAGACAGUGUGUUGUGGCAAGUGUGGAAACCACACGCACUCGUCUUGCUUCGGCAUAUAUACGCGACAGUACGCCGGAUGGAGCCUCACGUGUCCUGUUUGUCAAGGUGGCUGGUCCGUCGCAGCUGUUUAA